ACGAGUGGCCGUUGCGCUUCAAAGUUCACGAGGCAGAUAAAGAAAGGAAGAGAGCUACAUAAACAUUAAACAUAAACACAAACACAAACAUAGUAACUACUAAUGCAUUCGGAAACAAACUCAUCCUAAGAUUUAAAAUCUGUGUCUCCCACUCUUCACUCCCAAUCCAAACAAAAUAUAAAAAUACAUCUGUCGCCACUCGUCCAUUUAAGAGAGAGAGAUAAUAGAGAGAGAGAGAGAGAGUGUGUGUGUGUGUGGAAGGAAGAAGAUAAGAAUGACAGGGCCAGUGAUGGUGACAAAGGGUGGAGGAUGCGGUGGCGGGAAGGGAAGGAGAGGAGCAAGAGAAGGCGAAGAAGACCAAAACCAGGCCUCGCCGGUGGCGGUUCUGUUGGCGGCGCUAAGAAAAUCGAUGGUGGCGUGCAGCGUCGACAGUCCGGAUGACGUCAUCUCCGCCGUGCAUCCUAUGGAGAUUGGAUGGCCCACCAACGUUAAACAUGUCAGCCACGUCACCUUCGAUCGCUUCAAUGGCUUUCUGGGUCUUCCCCUUGAGUUAGAGGUUGAUGUACCCGCUCCUGUUCCCAGUGCUAGUGUCAGCGUAUUUGGCGUCUCAGCUGAAUCAAUGCAGUGUUCGUAUGAUUCCAAAGGAAACAGUGUCCCCACUAUUCUAUUGUUAAUGCAGGAGAAAUUAUACUCUCAGGGAGGCCUAAAGGCUGAAGGAAUAUUUCGCAUAAACCCUGAAAACAGUCAAGAGGAGCACUUGAGGGAGCAGUUGAAUAGGGGCAUUGUGCCAGAUGACAUUGAUGUCCAUUGCUUGGCUGGCCUAAUUAAAGCAUGGUUCCGAGAGCUUCCUUCGGGAGUGCUUGAUGGACUAUCCCCAGAGCAAGUUCUUCAGUGCAGCACAGAAGAAGAAUCUGUUCAGCUUGUGAAGCAGCUAAAGCCAACUGAGUCAGCCCUGCUCAACUGGGCCAUUGAUCUAAUGGCCGAUGUUGUAGUAGAUGAGGAGUAUAACAAAAUGGAUGCAAGAAACAUCGCAAUGGUCUUUGCUCCAAAUAUGACUCAGAUGUCUGAUCCACUAACUGCCCUGAUGCAUGCGGUCCAAGUGAUGAAUUUACUGAAGACUCUGAUACUAAAGACGCUUAGAGAGCGCGAAGAAACAGCUGCAGCAAUAGCAACAUGUUCACCAAUGUCAUUUCAUUCAUCAGAUCGUGAAUCUGAGGAUGAAUAUGAUAGUCAGCAAGAAAUGGAUACCAAUGGUGAAUUGAGAGAGACCAAGUUAGAUUAUGAUGAUAGCAGUGAAGAGGAAGGGGUGGGUGCUGCAUCUGUAAGUGAGAUAGUGGAAUGCUUCUUGAAGCGAUUGGACGAGAAAACAAAAAGAUUUUCAGAAGAACCUGCAGGGUGUUUGCAAAACGAGAAGUUGGAGAGCCCAAGGGCCUCUAGCUAUAACUUGGAAUCUGCUUUAUCAUUUACUGAUAUCAAAACUGGGAAUUCAUGCUCAAGUUCCACUUGUGGAGAUGAGUCAAGAACAACUUUGACUGCUGAGGGGUCAUGUGUUGACACAAGUAGUCCAUCUAUAGGAAGUACAAGCACCAAUGAUGUGGAGAUGAUGGAUAAAUUUACAGAUUCUGUUUCACUAGUUCCAUUGUUUGCAUCUAGUUAAGAAAUGAGUUUCUUUUACGCAGUGUUUAAGUACCCUUGUUUUUAGAUUUUGUCCCUACAAGCAGGGUUGCUUGUGUAAAUUAAUUAGGACCCGGAGCAGCUAGUACUAGCAAUGUGUUUGUUUAUUGUGAAUUGUUGGGACGGUUAUGUUCAGUUUAGGGCUGAAUUUGACCUGAUUCUGUGUGUCCCAGUACUAGACAAUUCUAACUAUGGUACUUGAGAUGGGUAUCUAAGGAGUAGCUAGUCCAUUUAAUUUCACAUAGGAUUAAGUUGUAUGCAUUGAUGAAUUCUUAGGAAAAUAGGGAGAUUGUUCUAGCCUGAAAAUGGUGUUUGCUUUGUAUCUGUGCAUGAUUAAAAUUUGAUGGGAAUGAAUCCAAAUUACAUUACUGGUAGCUCAAUGUUGAAUCCUAUUCUAGCCU